CAACCAGUCCCACUUGCUAAUAAUGCACCCUGAUUAAGCUUCUUAAUUCUGCAAGGAACUACCACUCGAUCAGUAAUCGCUCUCUUCACGUAUAUUGUGUUUUCUCUUCUUUAACAUAUAUUGGAUCCAUGAACACUAAAGGGUUCACGUAGUACUACUGAUCUCUUGCAGCAAUAGAUAUGCUUGAAUCAUUCUCUUCUGCUAUUGAUCAGUUGCAAAACUGAUUUUAGGUUUUGUUGGAUCUUCGAAACAAGCUUUGGCCUUCUGUUGAAUCAUCUUUGGUGGUUUUGUUUGGUCGCAGUUAUCUUGGAAGGGAUACUCAAGGCGGUUAUUAAGCUUCACCGAUCGUCACCAAUGGGGAAAAGGUGUAUUUAAAAGAAUUAACUACCUUAAUAAAAAUGGAUGAGACAAUUUGCGUAUCUGAAGAAGAUCAUCAUAAGAGUGGAAGUAGUAGCAAACCCUCUUCUCCAACUCUUAGAAGAAAACGUUCAUUUUUCGAUUUGAAUGAAGAAGCUGUGGAUGGUGGUGGAGAUGAUAGCACCAGUGAUGAUGAUGGCCUCAUGACUAGCAAUGGCAUUUCAUCACAAGAAGGUAAUUUGAGUAGCAACAAUAGCUCUAGUGAAGAAGGGAAAGAGCGUGCAUCUACUGUUAGACAAUAUGUGCGGUCCAAAAUGCCAAGGCUUCGUUGGACUCCUGACCUCCAUUUAGCUUUUGUGCAUGCUGUUGAGAGGCUUGGUGGACAAGAAAGAGCAACGCCUAAGUUGGUUCUCCAGUUGAUGAAUGUGAAAGGACUCAGCAUUGCACAUGUAAAGAGCCAUUUGCAGAUGUAUCGAAGUAAAAAGCUUGAUGAGUCCGGCCAAGUUUUACCCCACAAUAGGGCAAUGCAAGGAAGGCAUAGUAUUUUUGAUAUGUACGGAAGACUUAAUGCCCCACGACACUUUGGGAAUGAUAAUAGAAACUAUUUGCCAUCAUCUCUACUGUUGGAACAAAGACCUUAUGAAAGUGGUCAUGGUUCUUCAAGAUUACACCCAACAGCACUCUUCAAUAGUCACAUGAUAAUAAGAUCAAGUUCAGGGUGGGACAAAGAUUUAUAUAAUUAUCAGUAUCAACGUAGUUUCUGCAGUCCUAACUUCACUGGCCACGCCAAGUUUGAUGCUGAGGCUCAUGAUGUGAAAAAUCGGAUGCCAGAAUUCAUAAAUCAGGUUCAAAUAUGGAAACAAGGUGACAUCAAAGACCAAUUAGAGAGGUUGAAUGAGAAGAAAGGGUCCCCAAAUUUCUUGGAACUAAAACUAAGUCAAGAAUAUUCAAGAAAUGUUAGAGAUCACCAGAUGAACAAAGACUCAGAAAGUGAACAAGAAACUAUUACGAGACUCUCUCUUUCGUUGUUUACUUCGUCCUCAUCCUCAAAUUCAUCACAACUAGCGCAAGGUAGUGAAAAGCAAAAAGAUAAUACCCAUGUUGAGAGUUUUUGUUUUCAAAAUUAUGCACCAAGGAGUCAUUUGGGAUGAGUACUUGUUAGGAUCUAACCAUGUCAAAUAGAACAUAGAAGUGAGAUCCUUUAAGUACUUGUCUUAACAAAUCAUAUAUAUGCAUGCAUAUAUGGACCUUUUCAAACAAAAUAAGUAAUUCUAGUUAUUUGACUUUUGAUUAUAUGUUGUUUUACGUAAGUAUUGAGAAUAUUUUAUAUUGAUGUCAUUUAAUUUGAAUUCAAUGGUUGACCAUUGACUCAA